ACUCAAGACUCCUCUCUCCUUCUCUCCAUCUACCAAGCUCAAAAUGCAACUCAAAUACCUCCUCCUCGCGCUAACAGCGCAAACAACCCUCGCAGCCACCCUCGAAACUUUCACCCUCGAUGACGGCACCACCAUCGAAGCCGACCCUUCCACCGUGAUCGCCGCCCACAGCCCCGACGAAAGGGAUACCUCGCGCGGCGUCGGCUCCACCCCCGCAGGCGCAAAGAUGCUGCUUGCCCGCGCGUGCUCGGACCCCAACUACCCCGUCGGCUGCCAGGACGGCAACCUCUGCUGCCAACAUGAUGAUAGGUGCUGCGAGAACCGUUCGUGCAUUGACCCGGACUAUCACAAUUGCUGCCUGUAUGGAUACUAUUGUGACAAGCCGUAUCGGUGUGUGCGGUAUCAGAAUGGGAAUAUUGGUUGUCGGCGGUAGGGUGGUGUCGAUAUGGGACGCCAAGACGGUGGGCUCUCGCCUGUGACCCGGUUCUCCACUGCAUCUAUUGUUUUGCCGGUCCUUGAACCUAUUCUGUGCGAAGUUAACGUCCUAUGGGAUACAUCACACGGGAUGUUGAGAUGGCUGGCAUCGCCGGCCUAUGUGUGUCCCAAGGAACAGUGUAUUAGUGGAGGGUAGACAGGGUAAUACGAAAUGUCAGAUAGAUAUAUCUAUGACUUCGAUAGAAUAGACUCUGAUGUCUGUCACCGCGGCAUGCGGUUCGAAUAUAAGAGCCAAUCGACUUCAUAUCCUGUCUAAUAUUGAGGAAUAUAUAAAAUCUUAGUUCAACUUCACACAAUCGCCGCCCCUGCGUAGUGUACCCCGCAAAUCACCAUUACCCGACUGAAUCUUCAUUUUCGAUGUGACUGAGCUGCUUGGAAGCACAAGUUAGGAGAGUAAGGACUUUUUGUGCCUCGAACACAGCGUAAAUCCGAGUUCUCCGCACUGACUGACGGCUUGACCGUACGAAGGGUCGCGAGAAUCUCGCUCGCGCUGUUCCCUCACUCACAUACUGCGAAGAUCAAGGGGCUCGGAGAUUCUUUAGCCCUAACAGAGCAGCACUGAAGAAAUGAUUCGAGCAUGAACUCUGUUGGAAGACCAAAUACCGUGAUUAAGCGCCAUCUCGCCAUGCCCAGGUACAUCGCCGACACCAGGUCUGCCUGACAGACUCCAGAGGCACGUGGAAUGCGAUCUACAAACAGACUGACAGUUUCGGCUCGACGCCCGCGUCCCACUGGUUGUGGGGUUGGAAGUAGAGAAGAUGGCGAUUCCAGCAUCAGGUCGAAGUCUCCAGGGUAACGAUAUUCUCAUGAUGUAUGCCCUGGGAGCGGGCAAUGCUUGAGAUUAAAUUACGAGAGGUCACCAGCCUCGCUACUCCCAAGACUGUUUGUCGUGAGAAAACAACCAAGAUAAGUAGAUAAGUAUUUACUGACGUAGAUAAGCAGACUCUCGGAGCCGACAAUCUACCGAGGGCCGGGCCCGUAACGGUCUUGUGAGCACUGGGUCC